AUGCCAUCUACGAAGGAGUCCAGUCCUGGCAUCAAGGUGUUGAUGCUUCAUGGUUAUACUCAGAAUGGAAAUCUGUUCCACGCAAAAACAAGAGCAAUAGAAAAGCAUCUACAGAAGGCAUUCCCGGGGAUUUCGUUAAGCUACCCAACAGGUCCUCUGCGGCUCAGGCCAAGCGACGUCCCGGGGUUUGACCUGAGUUCGACUGAAGAUCCGGACAGCAUCGAAGCUUACGGCUGGUGGCGGCGGUCAGAUACGUCCGAUCCACCUGAAUAUGUCGGCCUCGAGGAAGGGCUGGAGACAGUCGCCAAAGUUCUUGAGUCAGAGGGACCUUUCGAUGGCGUCAUUGGAUUCUCGCAAGGAGCAUGUCUAGCCGCCAUGGUUGCUUCCCUACUGGAAGGAGAGUCGAGGAAAGAGGCAUUCAAAAAGGCACGAGCAAGAUCCCCGCUGGCCAUUCCAUAUCCAUCAUCCUUUGAGAAACUCAGUCACCCGCCACUCAAAUUUUGUGCAGCAUACUGUGGCUUUAGGGCUCCCGGUGAGAGAUACCGCGGAUUUUACGAGGAUCCCCAUAUUCAGACCCCAGUAUGUCAUGUCAUCGGGAGUCUUGACAGCGUGGUCGAAGAGUCAAGAACACAGGCGCUGGUCGAAGCAACUGGAGGCGCAGAGAAGACACAAGUCGUGACACACCCUGGAGGGCACUUUGUACCGAGCGGAAAGCAAUAUCUAGACAUGAUUGCAGGGUUUAUCAAACACAACAUGUCGUCGCAGGGAAAGGCGGGAGGGACAGAGGAGGGGGUUCUCGCGGUCGAUCUCCUAAACCCAACGCCUCAGGCUGAGGCCCGCAAGCACAAGCUCAAGACUCUCGUCCCAGCACCCCGAUCAUUCUUCAUGGACGUCAAGUGCCCUGGCUGCUUCACGAUCACCACCGUCUUCUCCCACGCCCAGACCGUCGUCAUCUGCGCGGGCUGCUCAACUGUGCUUUGCCAACCCACCGGUGGCAAAGCCCGCCUCACAGAGGGCUGCUCUUUCCGAAGAAAGUAA